CCCUUCUCUUUACCCCACCAACAACUCCGAAGCAGCUCCGCAGAGCUCCAGCCGGAGUAUUCUGAACAGAGAUUCGUUUCGUCUAUACUUCUGCGAAAGAAGAACAGCUCACGCUUAGCCGCCUUCUCUUGUCCUCAUGUCCGCUUCCCAAAUUCCGAACCUCAACACUCUCCGUCGCGGCGGUGGUAGAGGAAGUCGUCUGAGAGGUCGCGGCGGCGGUUUGGCUUCAGGAGAUCAACACGGAACCGGGAGCAGUGCAGCGUCAGCGAAGGAUCGAGUCGUCCAGAACACGGACAAUGAUGCUAGCGUUUCGAGACUAAGCGCGGUGGAAUUGGGGUAUUUGGAAGAUCCGUUCGCGAAAGCAUUGACUGCGCCGGGGCCAGGCACGAGGCGAUUCCCGAUAAUAAACCGAGGGACAUAUGUUCGCACAGCCGCAAUUGAUAUCCUCGUCUCCCGAUUCCUUCGUUCUCCAGAUGGACAACCGCCACGAAAGAAGCAGAUUAUAUCCCUGGGUGCAGGCUCAGACACGCGUGUUUUUAGGCUUCUGUCUCGUGUACCACACACAGAUAUUAUAUAUCAUGAGUUAGACUUCCCUGCCAACACAGCAGGAAAGAUUAAGGCCAUUCGAGCGUCGCCGUUGCUACAAAAAGCGCUGAGUAUAGGAAAAGCGGAGGACCUGACAAUCUCGGAGGCAGGAGAUGCGCUUCAUUCUCCAUCUUAUCAUAUCCAUCCCAUUGAUCUGCGCUCUCUUGCUUCGUCAGCUCUGUCAUCGUCGGAAUCCGGCUCAGGGUCGCUAUUACUACAAGGCGUUGAUACAUCACUUCCCACCCUACUUCUGUCAGAAUGCUGCCUUAUCUACCUAUCUCCGGCAGAAGCAGACGGCGUAGUUGAUUACUUCACAAAGACUCUCUUUCGUUCUUCGAACAACUCUGGCCCCGCCACACCCACGCAAGACUCGCCGUCACCAGCUUCAGAGCCACCAACUGUACCCUUGGGAAUAGUUAUAUACGAACCUAUUCGGCCAGAUGAUCCAUUCGGUAACACCAUGGUGUCGAACCUGGCAACACGCGGUAUCCAGCUACAGACACUACACAAGUACGCAUCGUUAAAUGCGCAGCGACAACGACUCCAGGACCACGGCUUCAAUGAAGGCCAAGAGGUGGCAGAUAUCGACUUCAUCUGGGAGCGUUGGGUGAGUGAUGCGGAGAAGGAGCGGGUUUCUGGACUGGAAAUGCUGGACGAAGUGGAGGAGUGGAGGCUGUUGGCGCAACACUACUGUAUCGUUUGGGGCUGGAGAGAAGGCCCCGGGUCAGAUGGAGUGUUUGAUGGGUGGAAGGAGAUUGAGGCACAGCAUGAGAAGUGAGCUCCUCUAGGGACGACGUGGGCUGGACUCCAUUGAUACCAUUUUAUACCUGAAUUCCCCGUAACUAUUGCAUGCAUUCAACAUGAAUGUAGUAAUGUACAGAAGUCAUUGGAACGUUUUAUCCGAUCACGUGCAGACCUAUGUCGAUACAACGACACCUCAUCCUUAUCUACC